UGCUUCUGCCGUUUAGUCUGCUUCUUUGUUUGACAGGAAAGAAUCGAAGGGAAAAACAUGGCGGCAGAGGGACAAGUGAUCAGCUGUCACACUGUUGAUUCAUGGGAACAGCAGUUUCGGUUAGCAAAGGAGUCCAAGAAACUGGUGGUGGUGGAUUUCACAGCUUCAUGGUGCGGGCCAUGUCGUUUUAUUGCACCAGUCUUGGCAGAUCUUGCGAAGAAGCUGCCCAAUCUCAUAGUCUUGAAGGUGGAUGUGGAUGAAUUGAAGACUGUGGCCGAAGGUUAGGAUGUGCAGGCCAUGCCAACUUUAAUUUAUCUCAAAGGAGACAAUGUAAUUGACCGGACAGUGGGGGCAAGGAAAGAUGAAAUCGAGCAGAAAAUAGUCAUGUACUCUGCUGAAGUUGAUGCUUAAAGUAUGGAAUAAAUGCUCAGUUCUACUUCGUCAAGUUUGAAGUUGUUUCUGAAACUAGAGUCUCAUAAAUAUCCGUCUUUCUGAUGGAUACUAUGUGGUUGUAUUUGUGUUUGUGUUUAUCCACUGUUUGCUUCUGCUUUUGUAUCUGUAUGGUAUCAGAUAUUAUAUUAAAAUCCUUGCCUGUUUUCU